AUGUCUGAGAAUGCAGUGCUUGACGUUGAACUUGAGAUACUUUCUGCAAAGGACAUUGCUGCUGGGGACUAUUUUAACAUGAAAGCUGCACUUAAAGGUUGUGUAGCUUCCAGUGAUGCCUACGCUCUCAUUGAAGUAGCAGACCAGAGAGUGGCUUGGACACGUCCUAUUCUCAAUACGCUUGAGCCCGUGUGGAAUGAAAAGUUUUAUUUUAAAAACGUCAAACCUGACACAUUGUGCACACUCUAUUUACUGGAUGAAGACAUGGAUGGUGAUGAUGCACUGGGCCAGACGCACUUUAGUGCCACCAAUACAGACAAUACUGAGACAACAUUUGAGCUCCCAAUUACUCGCAAUGACACGGAGGCUGGUACUAUUGUAGUCAAAGUCAAGUCGCACAUGACCUCGGUCAUUGGCGACGGCAAGCUGCAGCAGGUUGGACCCGUGCACUUCUCGAUCCACGUAAGCAUCACCUCGGGUCUUCUCACCCAAAACAUGACGGAAGACGGCAAGCUCCAAGCCUCGGCUUAUCACUUGCAGAUGCACAACAUUUCUCAGAUCAUGCCAAACGACCACGAAUGGAACAAAAACUACCCUACCAUUCAAAAGAUCUUUUCUCCCGACCAUGUAGAGUCUCCGGCACUCCGUACGGCAAUUGUCACCGAGCAUGCUGUGAUCUACAGACACGGAGCUACUACACAAUACGGACAGCUUGAGGACGGAUCGGAUUUCUUCAAGCUAAUCAACUAUGGCCAGCGAUCGGACAAACCAGUGCUCUUCACGUACGCAAUUACGUCGACAGGUUGGUACUUUUCCGAGACGGGCGCUUCCUUCUUUAAAGACAUGUUAUCAAAGCACAUGCUGCACGCAAAUGCUGCUUUUUCAGUCAAGUACGCGGGCGAGUUUCACAUUAAGAAGGAGCACUGCGGGAGGUACAAGCUACUGAUUGACAACAACAGCGGCACGUACGCCCCACCAAAGGAAGAUCUUCCUAAACUCAAAGAGUUAUUCGAAAACAAUUUUGCGGGGAUUUCAGUGGAAGCGAAGGACCGCAAUGAUGAAGAGCUGAAAAGGUCACGUCAGGAGAUUUUGGACUCUUGGGCGUAG